AUAAAUCCCGCCAAAGAAAAGCAGAAGCAAAUAAAAUAGAAGAUCCCGACCUCCCCAGUGCCCCCGCCGCCGUCGUCUCUCAACUCAGACUCUGAGGUCUCUCCCUCCCUCCCUCCUCCCAACCCCAACCUUCUCCUCGGCUCCUCCUCAUCCCCCUUCCUCACCCACGUUUACCUCUCCGUCCGCGCGCGUGACCGCAUCAUUGCGCCAUCAGUCCCCGCGCCGGACGACCAGACGCCACCGAACGCCAUAAUGGGAGGCGGGUAAAGAGUACACUGCCUGCUCCACUUCACUUGAGAGCUGCGCGCCACUGUGCGUACCUGUUCCGUUUGCACCAGCACGCCGUGCGCGCGCGCGGGGGGCGAUGGGGUGCAAGGGGUCCAAGCUCGACGACCAGGAGGCCGUCGCGCUGUGCCGAGGCCGCGCCGACCUGCUCGCCGCCGCGGUGCGGCACCGCUACGCGCUCGCCGACGCGCACGCGGCGCUCGCAGAGUCCAUCGAGUCAGUGGCCGGUCUCCUGGACCACCUCCUCCGCCUGGCUGAUUCGCCGGGGCUUACGCUGCCCACCGCGCGCAAGGGCGGCGCGACUGCGAACUGGCUGCCGCGGUCCUUCGACCCGUCGCAGCCGCCUUCGCACGGCCGUUCCUCGCAUCUCCAGUACGGCUCGUCCUCCGGAUCCGAGUCGGCUUCGCCUGCCGACUCGCCUCCCCGCCGCGUCCCCGAGCAGCCGUCGCACCCGCACUACACGUACGGGUAUGGGUACGCGCCCCAGCCCGCGUACGCGUACCCGGCGCCGGGGGGCUCGCUGCAGUUCUACUACGCGCGCAGCCGCCCGCCCCCGGCGUCAGUCGCCGUCGCGCAGCGUGCACCGGGGCCGCCAGAGCGUGUGUAUUUCGGCUCGUUCGAUGCGGCGGGUGGUUACAUGCAGUAUCACGCCUACGGCGCCCAGCAGGCCCCGGCCGCACCGCAGCUGACGACGGCCCCGCCUUCGCCGCCGAAGGCGAGCUCGUGGGACUUCCUGAACGUGUUCGAGAACUAUGACUCGUACGAUAACUACUACUACGACUCCGCGGCGGCUGCAGCCGCGGCGUACACGCCGAGCCGGAGCUCGCGGGAGGUGCGCGAGGAGGAGGGAAUCCCGGAGCUGGAGGAGGACGAGGAAGACGGUGUGGUCGUGAAGGAGGUGUCCGGUGAGUACUCAGCACCUGGGAGCGGCGGCGCACGCAGCCGGCGCAGCUCGGUCGGUGGUGUGAGUAGCAUCGACGAGCCGGGGAAUGUUGUCGCCCACAAGGACGUAAUGGGGGAAUCACGACGAAGGCCACCAGCAGACCGAAAUGUGACCGUGCCCGCGCCAGUACCUCCAACGCAGAGGGUCUUCGGCAAUGCGGAUGUUGCCGGCGGAAUCAAGGCACAGCUUGUCCGCGCGGCGGAGGCGGCAAGGCAGCUCGCGCCCUUGCUCGAAGUCGGGAGGCCCAGCUACCAAGGACGCAGCUCGGUCUACCACUCUUCAUCAAGGAUGAUGUCGUCUAUCACCGUGUCUCAUUUGGGGUGCAAAGACGUGGACCUGCUGGACGUCGGAUUAGUAGAGAAGGUGGUGGACUCAUGGAGCCUAUCCUUGGUGCUUGAGAAGCUCUAUUUCUGGGAGAGGAAGCUGUAUGGUGAGGUCAAGGCCGAGGAGAAAAUGCGCUUACUUAUUGCCAAGAAAUCUAAGCGACUGAAAUUAUUGGAUCAAAGGGGUGCGGAAGCUCAAAAGAUUGAUGCAACUCGGAAUUUGCUGAGGAAGCUUUCAACAAAGAUAAGAAUUACCCUGCGUGUUAUUGCCAAGAUUUCGAGAAAGAUAAACAAAGUAAGGGAUGAGGAAUUAUGGCCACAACUUAAUGCCUUGAUCCAAGGGUUUGUGUUAAUGUGGCAAGAUAAACUGGAUUCCUACCAUAUUCAGUGUCAAGUGAUGUCAGAACUCAAGAACCUGACUUCAGUUGAGUUAGGUGCAAGUGGCCGAGAUUUGGUAAUGGAUCUUGAACUAGAGCUGAUUAAGUGGAUAAUCAGUUUUUCCUCUUGGGUGAAUUCACAAAGGAACUUUGUAAAGGCACUGGAUGGAUGGCUAGCACUCUGUCUUAACUAUGAGCCUGAGGAGGCGGGUAAUGGAGUUCCUUCCUACUCACCCGGAAGAAUAGGUGCUCCAUUGGUUUUUGUUGUCUGCAACAAAUGGUCUCAAGUUAUGGAUAGGAUUUCUGAGAAGGAUGUGGUUAAUGCCAUGCAAGCUCUUGUCUCUAGUGUGCGGCAUCUGUGGGAGCAGCAGCAUCUUGAACAAAGCGAACAAAUCAUUGCCAUUCGAGAAAGGGAAAAAUGGAUCAAGACAUUGGAUAGGAAGACGCAGGAGCUUAAUAAGGAAGCGGAUGAAUUGAACAGGAAGCUGGCGCUAGUACCAAGCCGGCAGAGUCUGCAUGUACCAAGGACUGUACAGUUGUAUGAGGCCCAUUGUGUUGAGGCAAGUAACUUGAACAUAAAUUUGACCCUGGUUCUUCAAGCUUUAGAGAACUUUGCUGCCAAUUCGCUGCAAGCUUUCCAGGAGAUAUUAAGUUGUGCUGAAAGGGCAAGGUUGCCAAGAGAUAAUGUGAGAGCGAGAAAACCAUCGCAUGAAUAGAAGUUGAAACUGCAAACCCAUCUAGUAAGAUUUCAUCAUAUCCUUGCUAGGCGGAAACCGAAGAACAUUCCAACAGAAGGACCAUUUUGCUCGUGUUGUUCAGGUGUAUGGUCUACCUUGGUUCAGGGAAGUGUAUAUAUCCCUUUGUUGAACAGAACCAAGGAUACCAAAUGCUGAAGGUUGAGCACCAAUCUGUGGUACAGGCUCAGCACCAAUCCAAGGUAGAGCUGUUACCCUAAUGCUGGUACAUACAAGGGUCCUCCCCAAAACAAACCAGUUCAAUUUUGGUGAUGGGUGUCUGUAAAAUGACUGAAAAAAGUAUGAAAUCGUACAUAUUUUAUGGUGUCUUCG